AUGAUGUGGCAUGGGACUCUCUGCUGCUUCACCCUGCUGAUGGUGCCGGUGGAGGCAGUGAUUCAUGGUGCCACAAGGCAUGGUACCACAAAGAAGCAAGCUGGCAACAUCCGCUUCCUGUCCUUCAUAGGAACUGAGGGCUCAGGGCAUCACUUGUUGACACCGAUCCUGCGAAAAGUGAUGAAUCUGACUCUUGUGGACACGCAAGAUGUGGGUCCUGCUCGUCACAUUAGCCAGGCUUCGUUCCUUGGAGGCGACGAUGUGUUCAACGCUUUCAUGGCAGAUGAUGCCGACGCAUUGCACACGGCACUUAAGCAACACCAGCCGGGUGAGUUAAUCCAACAAGCCUAUAGCUUCCCAACAAAAUUUCACCAUCGGAAUGCAGACUCGAGACUUUUCGAUUUGAGCAGCCUGUAUCGGAUGUUGGCUUCUGCUGGAGUGGACCAGAUGGCCGUGGUGAGGUACGAACGUCCUGCGGGUGAUUGCGCGCGCUCUGUCUUCAAACGGUGGCCGAGCCUCUGUUCUGACAGCUUGCAGGCCUGUGAGGAGCAGCAGACAGUGUAUGGCAACCUCAUAGAGAAACAUCUUGACAGACUGUCCAAGAUGCAAGUACCCAUUCUACGGAUUGGCAUGGACUUAUUGCACCGGAACUGCCACAAGUUCGGCCUCCAGUUGCUCAAGUUCUUCCGCGAGGCCAACAUGCUUCUCCCCGACUCGCCCUGGCGAACCGAGGAUGAGGAAAGAACACAAAACCUGACCAACACGGUCUGUACAGUUCUCCAACACCGUGAGGAGAUGUAUUUAAAUCACACAAGCCCUUCUGCCGAGGACGGCAGCAGCUCAUGA